AUGAGGAUCAUUUCAAUUAUUGCCAUUUUAAAUAUUGUGUUCGUAGAGGCCAGCGUAUGUCCCGACGCGCAAACGGCGGCUGGACGUAGGUUUUUGGACGAUCCAAUUGUCUUUAGGCCUUUUAAAAUACCGGGAAGUCUUAAAAUAGCAAACGGUAAAAGAUGAAAAAUCCAUGGCUUUUGACUGAAUUACUUUAUUGAAAAAAAUCACCGAACUUAAGCCUGCUGUAAAGAAGCUUCGUUUGCCGAAAUUAAGACGAACUUAUAUCCUUCUUUUCAGCGUGCUUCGAAGGAGAAUGCAUUGAUGGUUACACCUGUACGAAUGGCGGAUACUGCUGUAUGUGUAAAUUAUUUGGUGUUUCGUAUUUACUGCAUAGCAAUUUCGCAUCAAAUUAUACGAUGAUUCUUCUCAUACCCAAUUUCAGGCCCCAUAGUCGAAAGAGUAGCCGCCGUUCUAGAUUCUUCAUCUUCAUCCGAUGAUGUUAUUCGUCUUCAUACGAAGACUACAACCAGAAAAAAGUUCACUCUGACGCUUCCUGUCGAUUGUAAGGAUGGUGCGGUGAACUGCGGCAUGUUUACGGGCUAUUGCCGUCCCGGAACUGAAUACUCGUCGUGCAUGCAGACACAUUGCCGGAAAACCUGCGGAUACUGCGUCCAGGGAUGA